AUGGGGUCUCCAAGUCAUUUUCUGAAAGUGUUUAUUGCUAGCAAAGAGGGCCAGGAGCAGACUUCUAGCAGAAAAAGCUAUUUGCAGCUCCGGGGUGCCUGUCACGACUCCGCGUGCCCACCCCCACCCGCUGGCCCAUCUUGCGCAGAGACGCCCCCUUCCCCAAGGCGCUCCCAGCUCCUCCCUGGCCGGCCGGUACAGCCCGACCAGAACUUCCCCCUGGGUCGUGGCCCAGCGAUACGGAGCGGCCCUGGCGCCGUGCCCUGCUCUUCCCGAGUCGUGGGUGGCGCGGUGCUCGUUUCCCUCCCCUCCCUUUCCGGACCCGAGCGGGGAAUGUCUCUGGGUCAGCCUGGGAGGGGCCCGGACCUGCCUGCCGGGGACCGGUGGGGGGGGGUGCGGAGAGGCGAUGACAGCAUCGUUCAGGGUUCGGCCUUGCUCAGCCGCCCACCCCCACCCCACUUGCAGCCUCUCGGUGGACUCCCACGGCCAGGCAAGGGCGAGCGCUCCCGCCGUCCCAGGCCCUGGAGGAGUGGGUGCGGUUGGGAUGAGCCGGGAGGGGGGUGCACGGGCCGCCCUCUGCGCCCCGCAAAACGCACGCCGCGCCCACUUGCCGCAUUUCCCCAGGCACGUUCCCCGGGCGGGUGGCAGGUCCCUCCACCCCACGGGGGGGAAGCCAUGGAACAGUUCAGGGCCAUAGCGAGUUCCUGCUCUUCCUUUCCGGUGAUAAAACGCGGGGCUGCAGGCCAGUGGCUGCUCGAGAUGCUCCACCCGCGGGCCCGAACCUCGCGCUCGCUCGGACUCCCUCCGGGCAGCGCGGGGUGCUCGGAAACUCGGGGAUCGAGGGUCCUGCAAGGUCCCCUGACCCCUAUCCCGCCCGGGGCGCCCCACGGAAAGCGCUCCCCGCCUCCACUCCCCUAG